AUGGAGAAGAAGAACGGUAUUGUCUGCGAGAUCUGUAAUAAGAGCUUCUCCAGCGGAAAAGCCAUAGGAGGCCAUAUGAGAUCUCACUUAGCCAUAUACCCAAUUCCUCCAAAGCUCGAAACAGAGAAUCAAGCACUGGAUAACGCGGCCGAGUUAGCCCACUAUCCAAUUCAAUCUGCUUCUGCACUGACUUCCCAUCCCAAAAAGAAACCAACACAGAAUUCCCGAUCUUUGAAACGCGACUCCUUACCCUCCUUGGUAAACUCAGACAAAGAAAAUGAAUCCGGGUCUUACCUAAAAAACCCAACCCGCAAAAGAUCCAAAUGUCACCGCAAAUUUACUACAGCGGCUGCGGCAGAAGAUGAACAAAAGAAAACGAUUUCAAUACCUGAAACUCUUCGUGCAGUAGAAGCCGCUAGAUCUCUAUUAAUGCUUUCCAAGGAUAAAUGGCCAGAAAGCGAAGAAAUCAAGUCUCAAAAAAUGAAGGAAACCAACAUAAUAGAGGCAAAAGAUGGUGAAAACGGUAGAGAUGACUUGCUCGUUCAAACUCGCUCUCGAUCUAGGUUCAAGUGCGAGUGGUGUGGAAAAAUGUUUCGAACUUAUCAAGCACUAGGUGGGCACAAAGCAAGCCAUAAGAAAAUUAAGAAUCUAUGCCAAGAAGGUGGUGACAUUGAAGAUGAAAAAGGUGGCAACAAUAGUGAUGUUGUGGAUGAAAAAGUGUUUGAGUGCACAUACUGCUCCAAAGUGUUUAAGUCUGCUCAAGCACUUGGUGGUCACAAGAAGGUACACUUCUCCCAUACUAUGGUUACCAAUGCUCAUGCCACUGCUAAUGAAUUUGGUGGCAAACUGGUAGUAGAUCUUAAUUUCCCAGCUCCCAAAGAAGAUGAAAAGGUUAGUCUUAUCAAAUUUUCAUCCAUGUGCAGCGAAGAAUGA